AUGGCAAUCAUGAAGAGCAUAGUUUUGGCCGCGUGCAUAGUUCUAUGCACGGCCCAGCCCAUAGAGAAGUCGGAAGCGAAGCUCCCGGUACUCAAGGCGCAACCCGCUGAAGUUCUAUUCAAAGCCGACAACUACUCCACCGUGCUCCUGGAGUGCACUACUGAAGGAAAGGAGAAAGAUGUGAAGUACUCAUGGCUAAAGAACGGCAAACCUUUCGACUGGGAGAAAGCUGGACACAUCGCCCAACGACCAGGUGAAGGUAGCAUUAUGUUCUUCAAUCCCAAACCGGAAGACGAAGGCAAAUACCAAUGCCUGGUCGAAACACCCGCUGGCACCGCUAGUACACGCCAGAUCCAACUGAAACGCGCUUUUAUCAAUGCUCCACAAGUAAAAACCCAGGAACAUACCCCAGUUGAAGGGAAACCAUUCAAAUUGGAGUGCCCUAUACCAGAAUCUUACCCAAAACCGAAGAUAAUCUGGAAGACGCAGCUUCGCUCAGACCCAAGCAUCGUGGAAGAGUUUUUGAGCCGCAGAAUUACCUUAUCUCCUGAUGGCACCCUAUGGUUUUCGAACGUAACCGAAUCUGAUGUCAGUCCCAGCUUCAAAUAUGUCUGCUUCGCCCAAACUCCAGCUUCCGGCCAAGAUGUUGUGUUGGCUGAGCAUUAUUUGAAGUCCUUGGUACAAGAUAAGGGACCUAAGGAUGGAGAGUUGACCCCUCAGUACGUUAGCAAUGAUAUGGUAGCUAAGACUGGUGAUGUCACUAUGUUCUACUGCAUCUAUGGUGGCACUCCAUUAGGCUUUGUGACCUGGUACAAAGACGGAAAAGAGAUCAACGCCAAGCCAGGAGACAGAGUGACAGACCACAACCGCACCAGUGGUAAGAGGCUGCUCAUCAAAGAGACCCUACUGGAAGAUCAAGGAGAGUACAAAUGCGUUGUCGGUAAUGAAGUAGGCAAGAAACAAACUCACACCAUGAAGUUGGCUGUAGUCAGUGCCCCAAAACUCUCCAAGUCUGCUGAAAAGCAGAUCGACGUGAAAGAAGGCCAAGAUGUUUCCAUUCCUUGCCAAGUUACCGGAUUGCCUGAGCCAAAAGUGUCUUGGACAUACAACGCCAAGUCCCUUGGCGAAAGGGCCAUUUUCAAAGACGGCGUUUUGACCAUCAAAAACGCUAAAAAGGGCGAUACUGGCUAUUACGGAUGCAAGGCCGAAAAUGAGCACGGAGAUCUGUAUGCCGAAACUUUAGUACAUGUCGCUUAG